AUGGCUCUUUCCUGCGGAAGCUGCACGCUCGGCAAGACCCCUGUGUCCGGUCUCUCUCUCAAAGAUGACGCAACCCUCGCGUCGGCCAAGAGCGCCGUCGUCAUGUCGCCCAUGCCACGUGUCGAGAAGCUGAGCGCCGCUGGCAAGAAGGCCGCAGCUGUCGUGGUCAGCGUGAGGUCGCAAGCCGUCGCCACCGCGACCACGAAGCGCGGCGCGGAGGUGCAGUUCGAGAGCAAGACGUCGAUUAACGCGGACGUGAAGUUCGAGAGCAAGAUGUUCAUCAAGGAGAAGAUCAACCUCGCCGGCCGUGAGGAGUACAUCGUCCGCGGUGGGCGCAACCUCUACCCGCUGCUCGCGGAGGCUUUCAAGGGCAUUAAGAAGAUCGGAGUCAUCGGCUGGGGUUCUCAGGGGCCCGCUCAGGCGCAGAACAUCCGCGACUCUCUCGCGGAGAUCAACUCCGACAUCACCGUCUCCAUUGGUCUGCGCCCCAGCUCGUCCUCCGCGAAGGAUGCGCGCCGAUGCGGAUUCACGGAGGAGGCCGGCACGCUGGGUGACGUCACCAAGGUCAUCUCUGAGAGCGACCUGGUCAUUCUCCUCAUCUCCGACGCUGCUCAGGCGGACAACCACGAGGCGAUCCUGGGAGCCAUGAAGCCGGGAGCCGUGCUGGGUCUGUCGCACGGGUUCCUGCUGGGUCACCUGCAGUCGCUCGGAAAGGGCUUCCGUGAUGACAUCAGCGUGGUCGCCGUGUGCCCCAAGGGCAUGGGGCCGUCCGUGCGGCGGCUGUACGUGCAGGGCAAGGAGGUGAACGGCUCGGGCAUCAACGCUUCGUUCGCCGUGCACCAGGACGUGGACGGCCGCGCCACUGAAGUGGCUCUGGGCUGGUCCGUGGCGCUGGGCUCGCCCUUCACGUUCGCCACCACGCUGGAGGACGAGUACAAGAGCGAUAUCUUUGGGGAGAGAGGUAUUCUCCUGGGCGCGGUGCACGGGCUGGUGGAGGCGCUGUUCCGGCGCUUCACGGCGGGCGGCAUGAGCGACGAGGAGGCCUUCAAGAACACCGUGGAGUGCAUCACUGGCAACCUCUCCAAGACCAUCUCCACCAAGGGCAUGCUAUCUGUAUAUGACUCUCUUUCUGAGGAGGGCAAGAAGGAGUUUGAGACGGCCUAUGCCGCCUCCUACUAUCCCGCAAUGGACAUUCUUCUCGAGUGCUAUGAGGACGUUGCCUGCGGCAACGAGAUCCGCUCCGUCGUGCUCGCUGGCCGCCGCUUCUCGCCCAAGGAGGGCUUCCCCUCGUUCCCCAUGGGCAAGAUCGACCAGACCCACAUGUGGAAGGUCGGGGAGAAGGUGCGAGCAGCCCGCGCCCCUGGUGCCCUCGGCCCGCUCCACCCGUUCACCGCGGGCGCAUACGUGGCAGUCAUGAUGGCUCAGAUCCAAGUGCUGCGGCUGAAGGGGCACUCGUACAGUGAGAUCUGCAACGAGAGUGUGAUCGAGGCGGUGGACUCGCUCAACCCCUUCAUGCACGCCCGGGGUGUAGCCUUCAUGGUUGACAACUGCUCCACCACGGCCCGCCUUGGCUCCCGCAAGUGGGCUCCCCGCUUUGACUACAACCUGAGCCAGCAGGCGUUUGUGGCAGUGGACAACAACACGCCCGUCGAUGCAUCCAUCAUCGCGGCCUUCAAGAGCGACCCCGUGCACGAUGCCCUCGCCGGCUGUGCCUCUCUGCGCCCCUCUGUGGACAUUGCGGUUACCGCCGAUGCCGACUACGUCAGGGAGGAGCUCCGCCAGUAG